AUGGCUUUGAAGAACCUUCCUUAUGUGGCCCCAAUAUCAGGAGGACUGAGAGAAGGCAUGGCCUUGUACUUACAGGGAGUUGUUCCCACUAAUGCUGAUCGAUUUGAAAUCAAUUUCAAGACCGGGCAGUCCAGCAAUGAUGACAUUGCUUUCCACUUCAACCCUCGAAUGGACCAGAAGGUGGCCAUGAACAGUCUAAUAAAAGGAAGAUUGGGAACUGAGGAAAGUGUCUCUGACAACCCCUUUAAAAAGGGUGAAGCAUUUGAGAUGUUUACUGUUAUAAAAUCUGAAGGAUAUCAGGUUUAUGUGAAUGGGAAAGAGCUGUACACAUUCAAGCACCGUAUACCACUGGAAAAAGUGUCAACAUUAAAUUUCAGUGGUGAUGUUGCUGUGAACCUUUCUGGCUUCAUACAAAACCUUCCUUAUGUGGCCCCAAUAUCAGGAGGACUGAGAGAAGGCAUGGCCUUGUACUUACAGGGAGUUGUUCCCACUAAUGCUGAUCGAUUUGAAAUCAAUUUCAAGACUGGGCAGUCCAGCAAUGAUGACAUUGCUUUCCACUUCAACCCUCGAAUGGACCAGAAGGUGGCCAUGAACAGUCUAAUAAAAGGAAGAUUGGGAACUGAGGAAAGUGUCUCUGACAACCCCUUUAAAAAGGGUGAAGCAUUUGAGAUGUUUACUGUUAUAAAAUCUGAAGGAUAUCAGGUUUAUGUGAAUGGGAAAGAGCUGUACACAUUCAAGCACCGUAUAUCACUGGAAAAAGUGUCGACAUUAAAUUUCAGUGGUGAUGUUGCUGUGAACCUUUCUGGCUUCAUACAAGUAGGUCACUGCUUCUUCAGCUAA